AUGGACUGUCAUGAGAGACUGAGGCAUGAAGGUGUUGAACAUGUUCGAAACGAACUGAGACGACAGUAUUGGAUCCUACGUUGCCGUACAGCUGUAACGAAGAUUCUACAUCGAUGUUCAUACUGCAGAAGGAGAAGAGUAAAGCCAGAACCACCUUUAAUGGCGGGACUACCCGCUGACCGCCUGCAGGUUGCACCCGCAUUCUCAAAGGUUGGAGUAGAUUUCUUUGGGCCUCUGAAAGUGAAGAACCUCAGGAAGCAAGAAAAAAGAUAUGGCUGCCUUUUUACUUGCCUUGUAACUAGAGGAGUACAUCUCGAAGUCGCCCACUCCUUGUCUACUGAUUCUUUCAUUAUGUCUCUCCGACGAUUUACGAGGAGAGGUAAAUCGACUGUUAUACACUCAGACAAUGGUACGAACUUUGUUGGGGCGAAUCGCGAAAUACAAGAGUGUCUUAAGGGGUGGAAUCAAGACAAAAUUGCAGGCGCGCUGAGUAAAGAACGAAUUCAAUGGAUAUUCAACCCUCCUGCAGCACCCCACAUGGGGGGAGUAUGGGAACGUUUGGUGAGAUCCUGCAAGAAAGCCCUUAAUGUUGUUCUGCAGAAUCAAGUUCUGAUGGAUGAGGUGUUAUUAACUGCAAUUACUGAAGUUGAAUCCCUAGUCAACAGUCGUCCAUUGACUGAAGUGAGUUCAGAUGCGGACGAUCUUGAAGCGUUAACCCCAAAUCACUUCCUCAUUGGCAGAGCAACCCCCAACUUGCCACCCGGAAUCUUCGCUGACAAGGAGAUAACAAGCCAAAAGCGCUGGCGACAAGCGCAAGUCAUCACCACCCACAUUUGGAAAAGAUGGUUGCAUGAGUAUUUACCAGGUUUAACUGCACGCAAGAAAUGGUUCCAAGCUGUACCUAACCUGAAGGUUGGUGACCUCGUGCUUAUAGUUGACUAUGGAACUCCAAGAGGGUGCUGGCCUCUUGGUAGGAUUGUGACCGUUUCUGACAAUGUUGUAAGAUCAGCUGAAGUCAAGACAAAGUUUGGUCUAUUAAGACGCCCUGAUGCAAAAUUAGCCUUUUUUGAAGAGUGUUCGCCUAACUGA